GACGUAUAAUCUAGUGGACGGUUCUUCAUAAACAGCUCGUCAACCACCUCGGUAGCUUGCUAGCCAACAUAGCCGAAAGAUUCAAGCUAUUUAGACGCUUUCGGUGUAUAUUAGCUACUGUGUUGUAGACACACUUAUGUCGUAUCUACUUGUUAAUCUAUUUAAUAUUACGUUAUUUUGUAUUAGUCAGCUAUAGUAGCUGACUGGUUAAGUUAGCACUAGCCUAGUCGCUAAUGAUAGCUAGCUAACAUCCCCGAACAUGAGGUCAGUAAGCUUCUCCCCUCUUGUUCAAGAAGAGGCGGUCUGCUGGACGGAGAAAGAAUCUCUGGGGCAGAACAUUGUCGUGAAAGAGGAGAAGGAAGAAGAGGAUGUCACAGUAAAACAAGAAGUAGAGGGUGAGGCUGUUACAGUGAAAGAAGAAGAGAAAGACGUUACAGUGAAAGAAGAGAAAGACGCGUUCAGAGUGAAAGAGGAGGAAGCAGUUUUUGGAGUGAAGAAGGAAGGGGAGAUUACUGUCACAUUGGAAGAUGAAGAGGAGAUAGGAGAUCUGAUUAACACCAGAGAGAGACGGGACUACCGUGGGUCCUCUGGGGAGCCUCAACAACCUCAUGAUGCUGACGAGGCAGAGAAGAGUCUCUCCAGAUCAGAACACUUCAAUAAACACCAGCAGAGAUCCACAGGGAAGAGAACUCACUGCUGCUCUGACUGUGGGAAGAGAUUCACCUCAUCAGAAAUUACAAUUCAUCAAAGGAUCCACACAGGAGAGAAAUCUAAUAGCUGUGAUCAAUGUGGGAAGAGUUUUGGUCAAUCUUGCCAUCUGACUCAACACCAGAGAACACACACAGGAGAGAAACCUUAUAGCUGUGGUCAAUGUGGGAAGAGUUUUGGUCAAUCUUGCCAUCUGACUCAACACCAGAGAACACACACAGGAGAGAAACCUUAUAGUUGUGAUCAAUGUGGGAAGAGUUUUACUAAAUCCGGCUAUCUGACAGUGCACCAGAGAACACACACAGGAGAGAAACCUUAUAGUUGUAAUCAUUGUGGGAAGAGUUUUAAUACAUCUGGCACUCUGAAUGUACACCAGAGAACACACACAGGAGAGAAAUCUUAUAGCUGUGAUCAAUGUGGGAAGAGUUUUACUACAUCUGGCUCUCUGACAGUGCACCAGAGAACACACACAGGAGAGAAACCUUAUAGCUGUAAUCAAUGUGGGAAGAGUUUUACUACAUCUAGCCAUCUGACUCCACACCAGAGAACACACACAGGAGAGAAACCUUUUAGCUGUGAUCAAUGUGGGAUGAGUUUUUCUACAUCAAGCUCUCUGACUAUACACCAGAGAACACACACAGGAGAGAAAUCUUAUAGUUGUAAUCAUUGUGAAAAGAGUUUUCCUACAUCUAGCCAGCUGACUUCACACCAGAGAACACACACAGGAGAGAAACCGUAUAGCUGUGAUCAAUGUGGGAUGAGUUUUACUACAUCAAGUCAUCUGAUUCGACACCAGAGAACACAUACAGGAGAGAAACCUCAUAGCUGUAAUCAAUGUGACAAGAGAUACUCUAAUAAAAGGUGUCUGAUCAAACAUCAGAAAAUACAUACAUGAAGAAGUUGUUUCAUGAUAUCAAUGAAAUGAUGUCACAAUGUAGAAUGUUUUAACAUUGUAGUAUGACUAUUUUAAUGAUGUCACAAUAUAGAAUGUUUUAACAUUGUAGAAGGAGUAUUUUAAUGAUGUUCUACCUUAUCCUUAUCGUUUACCCUGUUUAAUUGAUCGCAGCAUGAUAUGGAUAUUAGCCUCAGGGGAAAAUCCAGGCUCUGAGUUGAAAGAGUAUUAUUUAACAAAAAGUGACAAACUAAAAAACAGCUGUGUUACAUUUACUGCGUUGGUGACCCACUUUAAUCAAAAUGCAGCACUUCAAAAUGUAGCUAGCUGUUUUCUACAAGUUGAAAAGCUGCUUGUUUAAAAAAAUACAUGUAAUAUGAUAAUUGUUGCAGAUGUUUGUGUAUACACACACAUGAAUAAUAAUAAAUUGGUCUAUAAUCAAUUUCAUUAACAA